GAAAUCUGCUAAGCCACCUUCUCACCAACUUCCACUCCUCUGAGGCAGAGAAGGAUUCAAAACAAAGGUGAAUCUCUACAGACUCUUCCUGUCAACAGGAGUCAGACUGCCAUCAAAAGGAAGAAUGCAAAGCAGGAACACCAGCAAAGAAUAUCUGAGCAUGGAUGUAUCUGCCACACCUUGGGUGACUGAAAAUACACUGCAGUAUGAGAGUGACUGGGAGGACUUUGAGAGAACACGUAAAAUAACUUGGCUGAUCUCAGGCAUUGUGAAAAUCAUCAUUUCCCUGGUGGGGCUGGCAGGAAAUUCUGUGGUGCUCUGGCUCCUGACUUUCCACAUGCAGAGGAAUGCUUUCUCCGUCUACAUCCUCAACUUGGCAGGAGCUGAUUUUGUCUGUCUAUCCACCCACAUAGUAUCUUCCAUACUAUGUCUUAUGGAAUAUACCGAACUAAACUCCAACAGGGUGUUCCAAGUUAAUUUUAUAAUGUUUUUCAUUUCUUAUGUUGCAGGCCUGAGCAUUCUCACUGCCAUUAGUACUGAGCAAUGUCUGUCUGACCUAAAGCCCAUCUGGUAUCGUUGCCACCGUCCAAAACACAUGUCAUCUGUCAUUUGUACCUUGCUCUGGGCCCUGUCCCUGCUCCUGAUCAAUCUGGAAUUGGUGUUCUGUGGCUUAUGGUUUGGAUAUCCUAAUAGAUAUUCGUGUGAUUUAACUACUUUCAGCAUUGUCACAUGGCAGGUUUUCUCCUUUGCGCUUCUGUUUGGAACCAGCCUAGUGCUGCUGAUUAGAUUGUUAUGUGGCUCCUGGAAUAUGAAGCUGACCAGACUGUACGUGACCGUCGGUCUCACAGUGCUGGUCUUCCUUCUCUGUGGCCUGCCCUGGGGAAUUCAGCAUAUUCUCUUAUCCUGGAUGCCACCUCUUUCUUACAGGGACUUAAUAGUACGUGAAGUGAUGGAUAUAUUAACCAGUGUCAACAGCUGUGCCAAUCCCAUCAUCUACUUCUUUGUUGGCUCUUUUAGACAGCAGAGAAGACAGCAAAGAAGGAGCCUCAAAGUAAUUCUGCAGAGAGCUUUGCAGGAUGUUCCUGAGGAGGAUGGAAGCCAAGGCAGCCCCCCUCAGGAGACCCUGGAGAUAUCAGGAGAUACUCAUGUGACCUAA